GCAAAAAGGAGUAUCGGAGUUGGCAGGGCGGCCACCAAUGACAACGAGGCUGCCCCUCGAAGGUAGUAACAAUAGGUCAAUUCUAAAAGGAGUAUGCUAGUAAUCGACGAAUAGCUCUAUGGGUAAGGGAUGGAGUAUAAAAGAGUCUAGAAGUUCUGAAUUGUCGCUGCAUUCCUCAGGUCGAACUUGACACCUACUUUGACUCCUGCACUCUCUAAUUGACCUUCCGCAACAAUGGCGCUUAGUAUUCCGAAAACAUGCAGAGCUGUCGUCAUAGAGAAGCCAGGCGCGCCGUGGGCCAUCAAAGAAGUGCCUAUCGAAGACCCUAAGCAGGGUGAGGUCUUGGUCAAGGUCCACGCUUGCGGCGUUUGUCAUUCGGAUUCUUUCUUGCAACAGGGUGCCUUUGGCCCAAUGGCGUCCUUCCCACGCAUUCCCGGCCACGAACUGAUUGGCACAGUCGUUGCUGUUGGCCCCGGUGAGAAGAAGUGGAAGGUUGGAGACAAAGUUGGUGGGCCCUGGCAUGGUGCCCACGACGGGUUGUGCAAAGCCUGCAACCGUGGGUUGUACCAAAUGUGUGAUAACGAGCUUGUCAAUGGUGUCUCGAGGAACGGCGGGUAUGCGGAAUAUUGCACCCUUCGCUCCGAAGCCACAGUCCGCAUCCCUAAGGACGCCGAUCCUGCAGAAUACGCACCACUGCUCUGUGCAGGUGUAACUGUGUUCAACGGCAUUCGAAAUAUGAACAUUGUCCCAGGAGACACAGUCGCCGUCCAGGGUCUGGGUGGUUUGGGACACCUUGCCAUCCAAUAUGCUCGUCGCAUGGGAUACCGGACCGUUGCGCUAUCAACCAGUAGCAGCAAGAAGGACUUUGCCUUCCAAUUGGGGGCAACCGAUUAUAUCGAUACCAGCAAAGAGGACGCGACUGAAGCUCUACAGAAAAUGGGAGGUGCUUCGUUGAUCGUCGUCACAGCACCUAAUCCGAAGAUCAUGGGACCAUUGGUAAAAGCUUGCGGGCCACUUGGGAAGGUUUUGAUUCUUGCUCCUGUUGGGGAAGUCCCAGUUGAUACGGUUGCAAUGAUUGUGAAGGGAAGUUCGGUUCACGGUUGGCCCUCGGGCCAUGCGCUUGACUGCGAAGAAGCAAUCAGCUUCGCAGAACACCAGGGAGUCAAGUGCAUGAUUGAGAAGUUCCCGUUGGACAAAGUGGAGGACGCAGUGAAGCACAUGGAAAGUGGAAAGGCGAGAUUCAGAAGCGUCAUCGUUAUGGAUUAG